GAAUGAUUUAUAAGGGGCUGAUGAAGUAUGAAAUGAUGAAAAAUAGGAUAUUAUUCGAUCCGGGUUCGAUCCGGAGCCGAAGUGCAAUGUCAUAGCGUUUUCAUAAUUUACGACGCCACACACUACUGCUAGUGCUGGCUGGCUGCCUCCUGGCGGUAACCAAAGAAGCUCAUUAUUAGUGUUUUAUGUGGCCACCAAAAGUGGCUCUAGGAGAAGGCAUUAAUUUUCUGAAACGGUUCGUAAAGGAUGGCUUGCUGUGUGUGUGUGUGGAUGUGGUAGAAAUGGAAAUAAGGUCAUUGAUUCGAGCUGAAGAAAGAGAGCAGCCAGCGCUUCGUUAACCUCGAUCGAUGCUAUUUAAAGUUCAGCAAAGUGUGGGGCAAAACAACAAGAAAUAGUUGUGGUGCGGUUCGUUUACUCAUGGUGAUUAUUUUUGUACAUAUUGAAACCAGUUGUAGCGAAAUUACAAAUGUCUCAAUUGCAUUCCUUCCUUUCUUCGUAUGCACUCUAGUAACCUGCUUCAUUUGCCCGUGUUGCUACGGGUUUUCCACAGCGAGUGAAAAACGCCUCGCAUCGAUCGUAGUAGACAGUGACGGUUGACAAAGAAGAAAGCCGUUUCAGUACUAAAAGCGAAACAUGGUAAGCAAAAUGUUGACCAUUGGCAACAGGGUUAAGAGCGAGUACACACUCACCGGACCGAGGUCGAAUCGAUCAGGCACCGCCAGUCCGGUGAGCCCCCGGGAAACACGGAUCCCGGUGGCAAAGGCUACCGCAUCGCCAGUGACUGUGUUUCAAACGAAAAAAUGCCUUCCACGAAGGAAGCUACACGUCGGUGAUGCCAAGUCGCAGCUCGGAUUCGGAAGUCCAGCCGGCAAGGUGAAGGACAUCAAGUAUGAAGAUGAGCCCGACAACCGCAACACUGACUGCCGGUGCGAUCCGGAGCUGAAGGGUGACGCUACACUGCAUCCCAACUGCACGUUCGUGAAUGUUUGCAGCGAGCAUUUGCGGAAUGGUUCGCGGCGCAGAUGGCAUGUCGGAUCACAGUGUGCGGCUGUUGGGCGAUCGAUCGCAUUGAUUGUGGUAGUAGUGGCGGUGAUCGUUGUGCUGUGCAAUGUUAACGUUCACACGAUAUACUGGUUUUUGAGGCAGCAUUGGGAGCGAACGGAAGAGGAUGAGUUCGAGGAAGCCACCAUGUACUACGAGGAGCCGGAAGACGAUUCAUCGGAAAACGAACUAAUUGAGCUGAAUCCGAAAAUGUUCGGCCUAACGGAGAGUAAGCACAACCUCAGCUUACUCGAGCUGUUGGCAAUGACGCUGGAGCGUUUUUUCGGUUGGAUUGGCAGUAUUUUACUACCGAUUGAUGAGUGAGCUAUUGAUCGUGGUUGUUGGGUUGGUUGAAAAUGUAGUGAAGAAGUACCAUCAUCAUCAUCCAAUAUCAAGUAUGUUAAACCUCA